AUGCACAUCGAAGACUCUCAGAUCGUUGAUACCUACACCAUUUGCAAAUACAUCAUGGAGGCCAAUCUCCUGCUGGAACACCACAGCAAUGAAUUUGCUAUCUGGUACUUUAUAUCCUCUUUCGCACUCAAGGUUCAACUGCCUUCAAUCCUAUGGGAUUUACAUCCCAAGCAUGCUCGGCAGCUCCUAACCUGCAACAUAUAUUUCAAGGUCGAGCAGGUGAAGGACAAGAGUCUACCUGGCUACCUGGUCCUCCCUCUCAUUCCGAAAUAUGCUCGCACUUGGAACUUGUUCCUCGGAAAUGCCACUUCCAUUGUUCAGUGCAUUAGGGAGCAAUGGGGGCCAUCCUUAGAGGAUGUGAUACUCUGCUUAUUCAAGCGCGGUAUACUGUUCAAACUGCUGUUCCAUGUUGCCUACCCUUCCAUUCCCCGUCCCAUAUCUGUCUUCGAAUCCAACUGCCAUCCUUAUGGUUGGACGGCCAACGAGUACGAAUAUGCAGACUACGAACUUCAUCAAAAUUAUUUGUUGAGAUUGCUGCAUGUAAGAGUCGUGGUUGCCCAAGCUGGAGGAAUUCUCUGGUGUCUCUGCAAACAGGAGCUUGCGAAUGAGAUACCCAACAUACCUUCACUCAAUGUCCUUUAUUUUGUGGAAGCGUCACCAAAUUCAUCCCACACAUAUCUCUAUGACACGCUAAGCGAGCACGAGAUUGAGAUCCUAUGCUGGAUAUACUACAUCGACACAGUUAGGGCCCUUGAGAUCAAGGAGCAGAACACCGCAAACAAGCAGGCAUGGAGAAAACGCAAGAGAGAAGAAACAGACAAGACCCGACAAACUGCACAUGCAAGCACCCAAGGCAACCCUCCUUGA